AUGGACUACGAGUGCUCUGAAAUGGACAUUGAAACAGAGAGCAAAUCUUCAACAGAAGGAUCACAAUACCUUGAAAUUACCUCAUCUUCAUGUGUAUGCUUUGGAGACUUCGAGAGCAUUGAAGAAAAUAUAUUAGAUGACAUGAUAGGAGAAAUCAAAGAUACAGAAGGGAUGUGAAAACCAAAAUCAGACGAUUAUAUAAUGCAGCUUAAGUUAAUUGAAGAGGAAUAUAAAGUAAAUAGCUUAUCAAUUCAAAACCCAUUAGGCAGUUUAACUGUUCUAAUGAGAGCAAUUUUAAUAGACUGAAUGAUGGAAGUGUGUUCAGAUUUGCUGCUUCAUCGCGAAACUUUCCACACAGCACUUUCUCAUCUGAACCGAGCAGUUAUGAAAAUGACAAAUAUCAAUAAAGAUAAUAUACAAAAAAUUGCAUUAUUAGCAAUUUGAAUUGCAGCAAAGGAGGAAGAAAAACCUAUAUGUUUGAAAAAAUUGGUAAAAGUGGCGGAAUAUGAGGUUCCACAAGGAGAGAUAUUAGCGAUGGAGAGGGAAAUAUUGUACUUGGUAGGCUGAAAAAUAUUCCCUCCGACACAUGUGACUUAUUUAAAUUGUAUUCUUGGGGAGUGAGAUGAGUUUUUAACAAGCCAAUAUGGAAUUUUCCCUUGCAAUUCCUAUGUAUCCUAUAAUUUGUUAUAAUAAUUUUUUUUCAUUAAAAUAUGCUUACCUUUAUGCGAAUACAAUUUAGAAUAUAUUUCAAAGGACUUAAUGAAAGUGCAAGGAAAAGAGAACAAGACCUAUUAGAUUUCAGAAUGAUAACUUAUAAGCAACUAAACCAAUAUUCCUAUAAAAGAUACCGAGAACUCAUGCAAAUCUUAGACACUGCAUCUAUGGACAUAUCCUUUUUAAAUUAUAAACCAUCAACUGCCAGUGGCGCUUUAAUUUAUGUCAUGGCCAGCAAAGCUUUCAGUGACUCUGAAUAUCUUCUGCUACGAUGAGAUGGAAUUAAACUUAAAAAACCUGGAGAAAUUGAAGAGAAAAAAAUUGUUCAUGACACUUUAAGCUACUUUUUAUGCAAAACUUUAUGUUUGAAAAACAUAGAGGAAAUUGAAGAUUGUGCUAAAUAUAUUCAGCAAUUCCUUAGCCUGCAUUUCUCCUAUCAUAGUCCUAUGCCUUAUAAUAAAAACAGAGAUAAUGGUAAUAUAAAGAUUGAAAAUCAGUAUGAAUAAAUAAAAUGGCAUUCGGUUCGAGAGAAAAUUGGCUCUGCCAAUUUUCUCUCCCUCAUGGAAUUUUAUUUAUGGGGUUGGGUUUUCUCUUGAGAACUUCUGCACAGCAACAGCCGUUUAACUUUGGAGAUAGCCAAAGGCACGGCUCCUCAGUGCAUUCAAGACACUCGGAGUUUUACCUCUCAGCACGUCCCCACGGGAGGAUGACCCUUAGGCGGAACACGCGCAGGAGCUGAGUCGGAGCGAGCCCGCCGGGUGAGAUGUGCGGCGAUUUAUCUGGCGACUAGCCUUAUAGAAGGCUUGGGUGUGGGCUGGCCACAUAUUCCAAGAUGGCUUGGUGACGUCACUAGUUGUCGCUUUGACCCUUUUUUAUUAAGGGUGUGGGCACUAGACACCUUAAAGACUAUGUAAGUAAGUAAGUAAGAAAAUCAGUAUGAAGAUUUUUUAGCGUUUCAAACCUACAAUCCUUUCGGUUUACGGUUAAUUGAGCAAAAGCUUUCUUAA